AGGUCAUAGCAAAGAUAGUCUUUAGAUAUAAAUAGCGUCGCUUCACGCCAUUAUUACUGAGUCCAGCGACGGAGACAAGAAUGAAGAUUGUGUUACAUUUUGUUCUGACGGCUCUUAUUGGUGUUGCAGAGGCAACAACGUUUCACGUCUAUUCUUGUCCGUUAUCUUCAACAGCAUCAUCAUUAUCCUCAAGUAGUAAUAAAGACUGUUCAAGCAGUAAGCGGGAUUUAGACUACGGGAUUUCCCACACAUACCUACAGAUAGAAUCAACAUGUUAUGAUUGGGGAAACUGGAAUUAUCCUAGACAUUUGUCAUGCGACGACCAAGCUCUUGCUUGCUGUGUCCAGACAAGUACCCGUCAAACUUCUAGAACUACGUCUUGUCCAGACAGAGUCGGAGAGUUUGAGGUGGCCUGGACAAACAAGGGUAUACGAUAUGGUUUUCUGCGUUGGAACUGUCAGCGCUUCACCAACAGAUUGUCGGAUUUCCUUACGCAAUGCCAUCAGGAUGCUUCCACUGCUAUAGGAUGACGAAUUUUAUACAUCACAGAGAUGCAGAAUGAUUGCAUUGUAAAAUAGAAUAAAAGUGCAGAAAUA